CAGUGAAAAAUAAACACACACAUCAAAUAUCGCCAACGUGGAGUGUCGAGCAGUACAGUGAAUUCAAUAGCAUAGUGCGCGCAAUCACGACUAGCAUUUGCAUUUGCAGCUGCAGCAACAACAAUGGACCCGUUUACUCAGCACAUGCUCGAGAAGGCGGAACAGCGCAGUCGCGCCCUUGGCAUCAGCAACGCCAGCAAGUUUCCGCUCGCCGAGUGCAGCGUUCCAAGCUCCUCCGCCACCUCCGCAUCGGGCGGGGAUGCUGGGGUCCUGGCCCCGAGGAGCCGGUCGCCUGGAGGCCAGAGCGCGGGUAGCGGCGGCGGCAAGGUCGUUAUGUUGGGAAAGGCCACGCUGGAGGCGUCGCCGGCCAAGCCGCUGCGUCACUAUACGGCGGUAAACAAGGAAAACUUGGAUAUGGGCAUCGAGAUAAACAUAACCACGGACAAGCCAAUUGGGGUGCAAGUUGAGAUCCAGGAGCAGGAGGUGACAGAUGACGAAGAUCAGGCGGAAGGGGGUGCGCUCAAUCCCCUGCUGGAGGCGGAACCAGUAAACCAGCCACUAGCCAGGCUAAGGGACACUUCCCGCAGCCGACUGCAACGCAUGGGUGCCCUGUACUCAAACACGGACGAUCUAUCCUCCCCAAUCCACCGAACCGAGGGGCAGUUCCAUGUGACAACGGGUGAGGAAGAGGACUGCGGCAACCGUAGCAGUAGGCAACCAAAACAGCGGUUGGGCAAACUGGCCGCCUUGGCGGAUACGAUCAAUCAGUGGGAGGAUGACACGUCGCACCACGAAGUGCACAGACCCCUCGAAGCACCUCCACCGAAACCGCAUUUGUCCAGUCGAAGGGCCGAGAAGGGUCCAGCACCACUGCCACCCAAGAAGGACGAAGUCGACGAGGCUGCUAGGACCAAGCAGCUGAAGUGGGAUCCCAAGGUAUUGAGCUCUCUGGAGGCACAAGGUUUUCAGCGCCGCGAAUCAUCGACCAUUAAACACACAUAUGAUUAUGCCAAACAGGAAGAGACGGCCCCAGCCUCCAAAGUGGAAGAGGCGGCAUUAACUGCCAAGCCGCCAGUGCCGCAGAAAUCUACGACGGUCAGCCAGGUCGCCAAGAACUUUGCCUCUUCUGCCCCAGCGCCCAAGCCCGCACCAGCGCCUGCUGUUAGUGUGAAGUCUGGAUUAGUAUCCGGACGGGCGGCUCUUUUUGAAAACAAGGGAACCGGAGGACAGACGCAAGGCCUACGCAACCAGAAGGAUCCUUGUGAGCUGUCGCUGAAGGAGCGCAUGAAGCUGUUCGAAACGGGCAACAACAAAGCGAUGUUGCCGAUGGCGCCCAUAGGAUCUGCUCCCAGUAUUACCCAAAUCCGAGCGGAAGAGGUGAAACAACAUUUAGCUGCAGUGCAUCCGGUGACCGCUGCCGCUGCUACCACCGUGGUUGCAGCAACCAAGCCGAAACCGGAAAGCAAGCUGCGUGACAAGGUGGCUGCUUUGGUGGCAAAUGCUCAAUCAAGUGCUGAGACGCGUAUCAAGGACAUUGAUCGCCAAAGGCAGGAAGACAUGCAGAUUAUUUCUAAUCGCUUCAACAAACAAAAGGAGCUCUUUGACAUUCAACCAUCCGACAGUUCUUGGGCUGCUCAGACUCGACCUCCCGCGCCAGCUCCCAGCAGAGUAGUGCGGCCCAUGCCACCGCCUCCACCACCGCCCAUCGCUGGUCUCUCGCCCGGACUGGCCAGCAGCAAGAGGCGAUCACCUGGUGAUGCGCCCACCACUGACGAGGAUUCGAAGCGAGCCCGCAAAUCGCAUUCGGAUCGACUGUAUCCCGCCCUGUCCGACCUCGACUCCAGCGGCGACAACUGCUGUGCCGCCGAAACUGCCUCCGCUACGGAUGACAGCCAUCAACUGGACGAGGAGGAAACCGAUAGUUGCAUGGAUGACGACCAGUCGCAGACUGAGGACAGUAGCGCCGGCAUGUGCAAUGGCAGUCUCGGCCGCGAGAUAAUGAGCGCAGUGCAGCGCAACGAAGCGGAGAUGCAGCAGCAGCAGCCGGGCAAGAAGACUGUGCGCUAUGCGGACCAGGACAUGUAUUACGACGACAGCUCUCUGAACUCGUCGCAGGUCUCAGCGGGCAUCGAUGAUUAUCUGGAUGAAGCACUUGUCGAGGACUACGGCAGCACUCAGGAUGACCAGAGCGACAGCGGGGACGAGCAGAAUGCCAGUCGGCUGUCCUUGGGCAGCAAGGGAACGACGGCCUCAAACAGCUUUUCCUUCCGAAAGAAUCCUGCCUCUUCGUGCACGCCUAUCGAGGAGCACCAUGAGAUGGAGAUGGACCUGCAGACGCCACUGCUCAGUGGUGCCCAGCCGGUCAAGUCUGAAUUGAGUGUCAACCAGGACAACGACAACCUGGUUACCCUGGUGCACACGGUCAGCUUCUAUCGCCGCCAGCAGAGUGCCAACAGCUCCAAUUCCACACCGGUUCGCAAGAUCUGUCGAGAGCAGCAAGUCAUGCGAUCAGCCCUAGCAGGCGAUUGCCAUGCCAAGCACAGACUGGAGUACGACUCUCCUCAGCAGUCUGAUUACGUCGCAGGAGCAGUAACUGACAUAGCGGAUCAGACCGACGAGGACGACGAAGAGAUGCAGAAUGCGCGGGAAGUAAACGAUGCAUCGCAGGCACAAGACAAGAUCAAAAAGCUGUUGAGCGAGGUGUGCAAGCAGCAGCAGGUGAUAGGACAAGCCAGUCAGGCCCUGAACCUUUGCGCUGCCACCGUAGAGUUCUCCGGCUCCACAGAGUCCGUGGAGGGAGAGCGGUAUCUUCUUCUUGCAACCCAUCGACGCCAGGCGUGUUUGGAUGAAGUCCAGCGUUUAAGAGUUGAGAACAGUGUUCGUCCGGUGGGGGCACCAAAAGAGAAGGGCCUACUGACGGUCAAGGACAUAACCAUUCCACUGCGACAGGAGUACGUGCGUAAAAUGGCCUCGAACAACAUUAACGGCCAUCAUCUUGUGUGCCUCCUGAAGUACAAUGAGCACGUGCUGGCCACCAAGACAGUACCCACGAUGCCUGGGCUGCUGUCUGUCAAGUUUCCGGAUGUCCUGCAACUAAACAAUGUGUAUGCUGACUUCAGGAUCACGCUAGAAAUCUAUGGCAUGUUGGCUCAACGCGAUCAGCUGCCGCACGAGCUGAAGUACCAUAUCAACCUGAACAAGAAGGGUGGCAUCAAGACGCCAAAGAAGAAGGGCGGCGAGAAUCGACUGGUGAUGCCGCCAGUACAAAGUCCGGCGGGACCGCAUGUGGUACGGACACCGCAGCUGGUGCAAUACGGCUUUGCCAUUUUCUCGCUGCGUGAAAUUCAACGCACCACAUGGACGCUGACCCAGGUGCUGGGCGUCAGUCCCCUGGAGGGUGUGGUUCACAUGAAAGUCAACUGCGAACUAUCCGUUAGCGUGGAGUACAAGGGAUUCCUUACCAUGUUCGAAGACAUCUCCGGUUUCGGCGCUUGGCAUCGUCGCUGGUGCUAUCUGAAUGGCUCCGUAAUCAACUACUGGAAGUACCCGGAUGAUGAGAAGCGCAAGACGCCAAUGGGCAGUAUAGAUCUGAAUUCCUGCACUUCGCAGAAGGUGACCACGGCACCGCGCGACAUUUGCGCCCGUCUCAACACCAUGCUGCUGGAGUGCGAACGGCCGGCGCUGGAGACGGACCAAGAGUCCUUGAUAAUCGUACCCAACGGACGUACCACCACGGUGCGCCAUCUGCUCUCAGCCGACACGAAGGAGGAGCGCGAGGAGUGGUGCGCCCACCUUAACAAGGCACUGACACUGCUGCGCGCUUGGGGAACCACCCACUGACCCGCUGACCCAUUGCAAUCUUGUCAGCAGCACGGACAAUGACCACAAACGGGCGGGUUGUUAACAGUUUUCUCUUUUUAAGUUACUCAAUUUGCUAUUUUAAUCGCGUUCGCAUUGGUAUUAAUUUUGUUUUAACUUUGCUUUAUGUUUCCAAUUCAAAUUAUUCGUUUCCAUCUUGAAGUGGGACACGUUCGUGUUCGUCUAUAUCGACUUAACCUUUUACUUAUGUAUGUACAUUGAAUUUAGGAUGACUCGCUAAAUAUAUAAUAUGUGUAAAACCCAGUAAAAAAAAAAACUAACGCCAGUUGUACACUGAUUAUUUAAUAUAGUUUAUUGAAUACUUUUAUACACGUACACAUUUACAUUCACAUAUAUCGUUUUGCAAGAACUCGUGGCUAUGAAGAAAUCGCUACGUGGCUUCCGCGUGUUAACUAUCUUUUUAUCUCUGACCAUCCGGAAUCUAACAACAAGUGAGAGUUAAAGCUUGCGUGUUAUCACGACGCCGGCUGUUCUAGUGCCCAUCUCGGAUUCGGCACCAGGUUUUCUGUACUGUGUAGGUGGUUCAUGUCAGGUAGUCAGUGUGUCUGCUCCUUGGCCAUCUCAAUUGACUCUGGGUGGAAGAUACAUAACUUCCUUGCGCUUGUCACUUGGCCUAAAGGUCGGCCUAAAGGCUAUCUACAAAAGUGGAUUACGCAUUGCCGCCGGCGGAGUGUUCAGUGUGGGUUCCUCUACUUCACAACACUAUCAAAUGUAUAGAUAUAUAUUUCUCGUAUAGGUAUAUAUGUAUAUAUUUUGACUUGAAUCUGCUGUUAGUUGUAAAUCAUCAUCCAAAAUAUUACAGUUUGCCAGAUAUGCAGGAUAUACUUGUGCUUUGUACAACAGUAGCAGCGCCCUCGGUGGAUCGGGUUCGGAAUACAGUUAUAUAUAUUAUGUACACACUCUGUUGCAGAAGGCGAAAGGCGGAAGGAGGGGGGAACAACAAUCGAAGAC